UGAAGAAAAUGACGUAAAUGCAUGUUUAAAUCUACUCAGUUCAUUAGCAAAGGAAACAAAUUUAGUUCUUGACGCUGAACGAGAAAAUUUUGGUGAAUCAGAAUCUUCAGAAAAUUCCAGUAGCAACUAUAAAAGCAGCACAAGUGAACGAGAUUUCGGUGAAAAUGGAAACGAUGAUUCUUAUACUGGAGAUGAUUUCGAUUCUGAAAGUCUUUGUUUUACCGGAGAUGAAAUUCCGUUGGACGAGGAAAUUGAACGACUUAGUUUUGUUCACAAUGAGGUUGAUCAGAGUUCUAUGGAAUCACCUAAAGAAUUUUUGAAGUCCUGCUUCCCCAAGUUUUCCGAAGAUAGAAUUGAUGACUUGCUUAAGGAAAACGGUUAUGAUGUCGAAAGUGUUUCGGAUAUCAUUCUAAGUGAAAUAUGUUUGGCAGAGCAGAAAAACUUUGUAUAUUAUGAUUCUUUCCCUUCAACAUCGUCUACUUCAGCAUUGCCUAUUUCAGCAAGAGAUGAAAGAGACAAUUUCUUGGUGUCCGAUUCGCGAUCUAAACAUCGAAAAAAGAAGAGACAUCGAAAAGCGAAGCAACAAGGCAUCGUCAUAUUUCAAAACAAUGCACACCGGCCGACUCCACUAUCAUCUGUUCCUAAUACGCCACCUGACGAAGUAUUUAAUGAAAAUUUGAAUAAAUUAGUAAAUAUUUUCCCUGAACAUAAGUCCCAAGUUCUGAAGAAUGCACUCACGGCAACGGACGGUGAAAUAAAUAAUGCUGUCGAAUUGUUACUAAAAACUCCAAAUGGGAGUAAUGGCAAAAGUUUGAACCAAUCACAAUUAAAUAGAGGUAAUGGUAGCUGGACCUCUCACGAUCUGUUUUUUUCAGGCAAUACUCAAUCACCGCCUACUUCGAAAUCAUUACCCACUUCAAAAUCAUUACCCACUUCAAAAUCAUUGUCCACUUCAAAACCAUUGUCCACUUCAAAACCAAUGCCUACUUCGAAAUCAAUGCCUACUCCUAAAUCAUUACCUACUCCUAAAUCAUUGCCUACUUCGAAAUCGUUGCCUACUUCGAAAUCGUUACCUACUUUGAAAUCGUUGCCAAGUAGUUACAGUGACACGUUGGAAGAUGAUGAGGAUGAUCCAGAAUAUUGCCGCCAACAAGCACGUGAAUGUAUGAAGAAGCGUAAUGAGGCCUUUAAAAGAGCGGCAAAUGCAUACCAAAAAUCUAAAGGCUCGCGCAGCGGUGAAGGUGGUAUUGCAUUUUAUUAUUCAACUGAGGGACGGAAUUUUGAUGCUGAAAUGAAGAAAUGGAAUUUGCGAGCUGCAAGAUCCAUGGUUAGACGACAAAGCACGAAGAAGGGAGAUGCCAAUCUUUUAGACCUUCAUGGGUUAAGUGUUGAAGAAGCUUUGACCGUAGUAAAAGAAAAGUUAGACGAAUGGUAUCCAGAAGAAAUGAUAAGAUAUGGCCAAAAAACACCUUUGCAACCUCUAAAAAUUGUUACCGGGUUAGGUAAUCAUUCACCUAAUGGUGUGUCAAAAUUGCGAACAGCAAUUAAUCGCUUAUUGAAUAAGGGUAAUUGGGAUGUAUCCGAAUAUAAAGGGUAUGUAAUGGUUAAGGGAGUAAAAGGGUACCAGUAG